AUGACGCCGGCCAGUGUGCACGGCCGGAGCCCCGAGCGGACGCUGCUGGACAGGGCCUCGCACGCGGAGAUCUGGGCCAGCAGCAGCACCCUGCGGCCCAGAGGGAGCGGGCGGCGUGGGAUCUUGCGCCGCAUGCUGCGGCGCGAGGGGACGACCCCGCCGCCGCCGCCGCCGCCGCCGCCGCCGCCUUUGCCCCCGAGCCACCCGCCGCGGUCGCUGAGCACGCCCGCGCUGGCCGAGGCCGGCGCGCGGAACGGGGCAGGCGGGCAGGGCGCCCGCAAACGCAGCAGGUGGGACGCCGCCGUGGCGGAGCCGGGGCGGCGAAGCUCCCCCGCCGCUCGCGUGCCCACGGCGCUGCCCGGGCCCGAGUUCUUCUCGGCGGGCAUGCCGCAGCGGGACACGUCGACCUGGGACGAGCCGGACGCGGACUUUGGCGAGUACGUGUCGGGCGUGGUGGCGUGCCGCCUGGGCAAGUACCUCCAGCCGGGCCACCCCAACCGCCUGUCCCUGCAGGCAGCUGCCAAGCUGCAUGACAAGCUGACAGACCAGGUAAGGAAGAAGGAGGAGGAGGCGUACGCGGAGCGGCAGGAGACGGGCCUCUUCAAGGCCAUCGACCGGGAGAAGAUUGACGCUCGCAUCAAGGAGUUUGUGCGGGACUCCAUCCACCGCAUGGUCCUCGCCGGUGCGACGGCGGGCUGA